AUGAAAGUUUAUACAAGAACUGGCGAUACGGGAAAGACCAGCUUAUUCAACGGAGCGAGAGUCGCGAAGAAUCAUGCAUUAAUUGACGCCUAUGGAACAGUUGACGAAUGCAAUGCAGCCAUUGGACUUGCCUGCUCUCACCUCGCUUCCCCAAACGCUCAUCUCGCAGAAAAUACCGAAUCAGAUUCCGAACGAAAGCUUGUUCUUUCCAGACUACACACCAUCCAGAACUAUCUCUUCGACUUGGGAGCUCAUCUAGCGACCCCGCGAUCCACUUCAAGUGACAACAAGAUUGCCCGUACGCAGUUUUCCUCUAACGCCUCUACUCAACUAGAAGAAUGGAUAGAUGCGAUGGACAAAGAUCUCGCUCCUCUAACUACCUUUGUACUUCCCGGAGGUCAUCCCUCUGCUGCUGCCUUGCACCUUGCGCGGACGAUCGCAAGGCGUGCUGAGCGCGCAGUGACCCCGCUCUUCGUUGAUGGAGAGCAAGAGAUCGACGAGUCUGCUUUUCAGUUCAUCAAUCGACUCUCGGAUUACCUCUUCGUUGCGUCCAGAUAUGCGAACCAGAUCAUGGGCGUUCAGGAUGUAACGUGGACAAAGGGAGCAAGGGCUCGACUUUCCACCCCAACGAUAUCACUAAAAAUAGUUAGCAUACAGUGCUUCUCAUAUAGUACUUGACUACGUUGUGCAGAGUUCAGAGAAGUUAUUGCAGCUUGUGGGCAUGGAAACAUCCUGUCGUGACAAUCAUUGGCGAGAGAAGUGGCGAGAGAGGUGUAAGGUUUGUCGCCGCUCACGUCAAGGUAAUUGCAUGGAAGACAGCGCGCGUAUCAAGACAGAACGGAAUCGCGAUGCUCAGUCUUAUUACGGACGUGGACAAAUGAUCACCACUCUGCAAGCAUUCCUGAAAUUUUAUGCACCGCAAAAGUCUUCAAAGCCCCGCCCGUCUCUUGUGGCAAUAUAACGUAGAUACUGUGUAUUGAUUAGGUUGUUUGACCCUAGUCACGGCGAAAGGAACAACUUCCGGAAAAAAUGGCAGUCCGCCGAGAAGCCU